UUUAUUUCUUUGCUUCUCUUCUUCCUCUCUUUCUCUCUUUCUCUCCUCUCGUGUCUGACUCUGCAGAAUUUUUCUAUGCAGGGAAAGACCAGACAAAAGUCACAAAACAGAGGAGAAGCAAGAACCAAGAAGAGAAAGCAAAAACCAAACGCGUGAACCCUAAAUACUCUCUCUCGCAAUGGAUUAUCAGCAUCCUUCCUCUGCUACUACUUUCUCUAAAAAGCUCGCUAAUGGUGUAAGCUUAAGUGGAAAGCACGAGUACGACGGCGUUUUUGUUGGUGCAGCGAACUCCGGUUCUCGCAUGGAGGAUUAUGGAGAGAUAUUUGGUGGCUCUAGUAAGUGUUCGAUUCCGAUUCUUGAUUUCCCUGACCUGAAAGAUAGCAAGUCAUCGGUGGACGCACGGAACUCGAGGCCAGAUUACUCGAAGAUAUUUGGUGGUUUCGGAGAUGCAGAUUUUGCUGUGCCUUAUGAGGAAUUGUUUGCGAAACCAAAGAAAGUGAAGAGUUCAUCUAAGGGAGCUCGGGCUGCAGCUGAAGCAAAGUUUUGCCCUGCAGAGCCAAAGCAUUCAAAUUUUUCAGGAGAGAAACAAGCCCCAUCACCUGAAGUAUCUUUCCAGUCAUUUGAUGGUGUGAAACAGUUCAAUUCAUCAUAUGAUAAAAGCAACCCAAGAAGCAAAAAUGGGACCAAUGGAAUAACACAUAUUGCUCAACUUCAUGCCAUUCCUGGUAAUAAUUGUUUGAUAGGUGAAAUCAAUCCCCCACGGAUGAUGAGAGGUGACAAGCCUUUACAAGCUGUAUUAAAUGAUGCCGAUAUGAAUAUUAAUGUCAAUGAGGGGAUAAUGCAACGGAAAACUCUGCGGAAAGUUGUAUCAGGUCCGCAGCCCAGAGUUGCUGCCGUAGAUCCCUCUAGAAGUCGUGCUGACUUUCAGACAAAACCUAAUAGGAAUAAAUCCUUCUCAAAUGACAUAUCCUUUGAUGCAUUUGAAAUUGGCCUCGGCACAGAGCAAUCACCAAUGUCACCUCUAAGUUCACUGCCUGAUUUUGGUAAUAACAGGGAUGGGACCAUUAGGUCAAUGAAUUCAAAGUUUGGGGGCUUUAGAGGUAAUGCUUCUGAAAUUGCUGCUGGUAGUUACUCAAGACCUUUUCUUGAUGCGGAAAUUGAUGCUAAUUCUGCUGCUGCUAAUGUCAGUGAGGGGAUAAUGCAACAGAAAACACUACGGAAAGUUGUAUCAGGUCCCCAACCCAGAGGUGCUGCCAUAGAUACCUCUAGAAAUCCUGCUGACUUUCGGACAAAACCUGGUAGGAAUAGAUCCUUUUCAAAUGACAUAUCAUUUGAUGCAUUUGAAAUUGGCCGCGGCACACAGCAGUCGCCAAUGUCACCUCUAAGCACACUACCUAAUUUUGGUAAUAACGGUGAUGGGUCCAUUAGGUCAAUGAAUUCAAGUUUCAGGGUGUUUAGAGGCGAUGCUUCUGAAGUUGCUGCCGGUAGUUACUCACCUCCUUUUCUUGAUGAGGAAAUUGAUGCUAAUUCUGCUGCAGCUACCUCAGCAGCUGCUGUGAGUAAGGCGAUAGAGGAGGCUAAAGCAAAGCUUAAAAUAGCUAAAGAAUUGAUGGAAAGAAGGAAGGAAGGCACUGCAAAUCGUGUGAAACCAAGUGUUAAUCGGUUGAAAGCUGAGAGAAGGGAAGUUAAAGCUGCAGAAAAAGCAAACAGCUCGAGUGAGAAGCCUCAGGAAAUGCAUCAGAAAGUAGAUCUUACCAGCUUAGCAGAGCAUGAGGCAAUAAAAGCUAACCAAGUUACUCCAGACGUCAGAAAUGUGAAGAAAUCAUCUCCUGUGCAAAGUGCUGUUGGAGAAAAUCACAGCAGUGGAUUCAAACAGACUCAAGUGGAUCAUGGGCUGGAACCAGAAAAUGAGAAAGCAGUGAAAGGAUUUUCUGAACCUGCUGAUACCAGAGAACGCAAUGGAAUGGUGUUGGAGGUCAAGCUGGUAAACAAUGUCCUGAAGGUGAAACCAUCUGCUAGUGAAAAAAAAUGUGAGGAGAAGAUGACAGGAGUGGAAAACAUCAAGAAGCCGAUGGAGCAUGAGAAGAAAGAAGCACUAGAGGGGGCCCAUAAGCAGGAAAUUGAGAGGGAACUCAAUCCAGUGGAAAAAUUGUUUGAAUGGAAUGUGUACCGUAACAAUAUCAAGUCAACUGAAGAGCUUUUUUGUCAGGAAGAAAAUCAAGAGAAAACCGGAGUUGCUUUCAAGGAUGAAGAAGCUGAUCGAGCACCUAAAGUGCCCGAUGAACAGGAAGAAACUCAGGGCAUAGAGAAAAGGCUUAAUGAACCAGAAGAAAAUGAAAAAAUUGAAAUCCAAGAGCUGAAGGAGAUAGAGAAUGUGGAGGAACCCAAUGAAGCUCAUGAUGGGAUGAAAAUUGAGAAGAAACAAAGAGAGGCACAAAAUCAAGAGAAAGGGCGGAAUCUAUCAACUGAAGUUCCAGUUAGAGAGGAGAAUGAGAGGAGACUAGAUGAAAUUCUUAGACACGAAGGAAAUGGGAAGGGACAGGAAGAAGGUUUGGAAAGGGUAGAAUGUGAAAAAAAACAACAAGAGGGUUGGAUUCAAGAAGAAAACAAGAAGAAACCAAAUGAUGUCUCCAAGCCGAAGGAUAAUGAGAAUUCAGGUCAAGCUCAUAAACAAGAAGCAACUGAGGUUAGAUUUAAUGACUUUCAGGAUGAGAAAGGAAGUGAGAAGAGACUUAGGAAGGAUUGCGGGACAAAAGACAAUAAGGGCCUUGAAGAGGCUGAACAGAAUGAGAUUCUCAACAAGGUAUUUCAGAUAAAUGAAACUGAGAAAGAAAGAACUUGUGAAUGGGUAGAAACUCUGAGGACACUAACAGGGAUUCAUCUGGAGACAAAAGAUGAGAACAAUGUUGAAGUUGCUCAACUUGCUUUUAGAUACAAGGAGAACCAUCUUACAGCAAAUCUUAAUGUAUAUAGGCUGGAUGACAAUGAUACUGCAGGCGAAGCUGAUGAAGCCCAUGGAGUUGAAGAAAAUUUUGGCAGUGGGGAAGUGAAUGACAAGGUACUUGCAGAUGAAUUCAAUAGGAGGACAGUGGAGGUAACUGAAGAUUCCUUUCCUGAAGAGACUGAAAAAAGGUUAAAAGGAGUUGAAGAGUCAAAUGACAUGGAGGAAGAAGAGAAUUUUGAAAUUGGUGUCUCAGAGGAAGGCCUCGUUGUACCUGAUGCCAUUAAGAAGCAAAAGGCACAUUCAUGUUCAGGUGAUGAGACAGAAUAUGAGAGGAUCUGUGAACAGGAAAAGGAUAUUGAAGAACAUACUUCUCAACUGGAUGGACAUUAUGAGGAUGCUAGCGAGUUUGUAAUUGGCUCUAAUGAUGAAGAAAAUGAGAGUGAUUGUGUAUCUUCUCAUGAAAGAUUGUUAGGCAACGGGAUGCAGUCCAAGACACAGAAGGACCCAGAAAAGGACGCUGAAGAUACAGCUUGUAAAUUGGGAGAAAAUAAUGAUGUCAAAGAAUCUGAAGUUGCUAUUAAUCAUGAAGAUGAGACAUAUUCUGAAUCUUCUUCUGACGAAAAGUUCGUGAAUAUUAGGAGCAACUUGCAAGCAAGCCAGCAAGCACAUAGUUUUUAUGGUGAAGGAAUGAGCAUAGGAACAUCUGAGGAGGAGAGAACAAACCAAAGGACUGAUGAAAAGGAGGAAAGUCAUCAUGAAACUGUGACAGUAGAAAAGAGGGGAGCUGAAGAUAGUUUGCAAAAGGAAGUGGAGUUGGAAAAGGAACAUCACAGGAGAAAGGAUGAAGCGAAAUUGAGGGAAAUGGAAAAAGAAAAGGAAAGAAUCGCUGUUGAAAGAGCAAUCCGGGAAGCUCGUGAAAGGGCUUUUGCUGAAGCGCGAGAAAGGGCAGAAAGGGCUGCUGCAGAGAGAGCAACUGCAGGAGCAAAUCAAAGAGUAAUGGCAGAAGCCCGAGAAAGGUUGGAGAAGGCUUGUGCAGAAGCUAAUAGCAAGUCAGCAGCUGAGAAGGCAUCUAUGGAAGCCAAACUAAAGGCUGAGCGUGCUGCAGUAGAGAGAGCAACUGCUGAAGCCAGGGAACGUGCCUUGGAAAAAGCAAUGUCUGAAAAAGCUACUUUUAAGGCAAAAAAUCAGUCUGAAAAGUCUGCAGCUGAGAAGUUUUCUGGUGCUUCAAGAGAUGCUGUAAUGAAAUCCAGCGAUCUACAAUCUAAUUGUUCAGGUCCUUCCAGCAGUUCAAGAUAUACAAGCUCUUCAAGUCAUGAUGAGAGAUUUGGUGGUGUUAAUGGUGAAUCAACUGAAAGGUGCAAAGCUACACUAGCAAGAAAUCAAAGGACAGCAGAACGUGCUGCAAAAGCUCUUGCAGAGAAGAAUAUGCGCGAUCUUCUUGCUCAGAAAGAACAAGCAGAGAGAAAUAGAUUGGCUGAAACUUUGGAUGCUGAUGUCAAACGUUGGUCAAGUGGGAAGGAGAGGAAUCUGCGUGCCCUGCUCUCAACUCUACAAUAUAUCCUUGGCCCUGAUAGUGGUUGGCAGCCAAUUCCUCUCACGGAUCUUAUAACAACAGCUGCUGUGAAGAAAGCUUACCGUAAAGCGACACUCAUUGUUCAUCCUGACAAGUUGCAGCAAAGGGGUGCAAGCAUACAGCAGAAAUACACGUGUGAGAAAGUCUUUGAUCUUCUAAAGGAUGCUUGGAACAAAUUCAGUGCAGAAGAACGCUAGAAAAUGUCAGUUAAACCGCUUCAGAUAGCAUACACCGUAGGCAAACAUGUAAUUGCUGCAACAUACAGUUCUGAGAUUGAACCCUCAAAUGUAGGAAUAGGAAAAUUAUUGUAGGCACUCUUUUUUCUUAUUUAUGUAACUUGUAAAAACGAGAGCUGGCAAGGAAGAGCCCACAUCUAUUUUAUCAUAUGUUCUGCUUCUAGUGAAAUAAAAGAAACGAUUCAGAAA